AUGGAUUCCCUCGAUCCUAUUCUUAAUGGCCUAAACACCGCCCAGAAGACCGCUGUAACCUCACCAGCCUCGGUCUUACAAGUCCUCGCUCCCCCAGGCUCCGGAAAGACCAAAACGCUAACGUCGCGUGUCGCGUAUCUCCUCUCGCAUCAUGGAUAUCGGCCACAAGAUGUCAUCUGUUGCACAUUCACAAUCAAAGCUAGUCGGGAAAUGCGGGAGCGACUAGCGAAGCUGGUUGGUGACCAAGUGCAGUCGCGGUUGAUUCUAGGGACCUUCCAUUCGAUUUGUAGGAGAUACUUGGUUGUAUAUGGGCAUCUGAUCGGGUUACGGAGGGGAUUCGGGAUUGCAGACUCGGGGGACUCUUCGGCCAUUAUAGCAAGAAUUGUAAAACGGCUCAAGCUCGGGAUUGACCCCAAGGUGGCCAGGUCUCGAAUAUCUCAUCAGAAAGCGCAUGGAAACUCUCCAGAGGAGGCUGCAGCGAAGACUAAUAAAGGAGGCAAAAUCCUUGAGCAACGUGAGUUUGUACAGGUGUACCAGGAAUAUGAAAAGGAACUCGCCACGUCCAACCUCCUCGACUACGAUGAUCUACUCUUACGGUGUGCAGAGCUGCUUCGCAAGCAUCCCGAAUGUGUUUCCAACAUUCAAGUCGUCCUUGUCGAUGAGUUUCAAGACACAAAUCAAAUCCAAUACGAUUUGAUGAACCUUCUAGCGUCUCGAAACAGACGUAUUACAGUUGUCGGCGAUCCAGACCAGAGCAUCUAUGGGUUCCGUUCCGCUGAGAUUAAGAAUCUGUCUCGGAUGCAAAAACUGUAUAGCAAUACAGAAAUUGUGCUCUUAGAGGAUAACUAUCGCUCGUCAGGCUCUAUCCUCAGUUCCGCCCAGGAUGUCAUUGAACAGGAUACGUCUCGACCAUCGAAGAAACUACAGCCGACUCAUACAUUUGGCACGUUACCAGUCUUGCGCAAACUGCCAUCGGCGCAUGCGGAAGCUCAAUGGAUCGCGCUUGAAAUCAAAAGGUGUGUGGGUAUGACGGGGAAGCUGCUAAAGUACUCCGAUUUUGCCAUAUUGCUCAGAUCUGCCCCGUUGUCGCGACAGAUCGAAUCGGCCAUGGGAAAGCACGGUAUCCCGUACCGGAUGGUUGGAGGCAAGAGAUUCUUCGACAGAGUCGAGAUCAAGCUGCUUCUUGAUUAUCUACGAGUCGUCAGUCAUCCUGAAAACACGGAAGCACUUCUACGCAUCAUCAAUGAGCCGUCGAGGAAAAUCGGCGAGGAGACGAAAAAGUCACUCCUGAACAGCGCCGAGAAGGCCGGCAAACCAUUCUGGGACUACAUCAAGGAUGUAGCGCAAGGUCGCAAGUCGACCGACAAACCUUUAAUGAAACCUGCUUAUCAAGGCCUCUGUGCCUUGGUUACAUUGAUUGAAAACUCCAGAGAGAAGCUCCGGGAAUGUACUGACAGCUCCGCGCCUCGAAGGAUACUAGACAUCUUGAUUGAAAGACUCUCCUUCCGCGAAUACCUCACUGCGACUUACGGCUCCAAUGACGAAAACAAAUGGGCCAAUGUUGAGGAACUCCUGGGUUUGGCAGACGAUGCGAUUGCGUCUGAAGAGCAGGAUGCGCGCGAUGAAAGCCUUCCUGAAAUUGAAGGCCUUGCUCAGGGGAAGGCCCACCCUGGUGAGGAAGCGCUGUCACAGUUCCUAGCGAACGUGGCUCUAUCUACGGAGGUCCUCCCACAAGAAGGAAGCGAAGGCGAAGAACAGGAGCAAGAGAAAGUCACUAUAUCGACCAUUCAUGCGGCAAAGGGCUUGGAGUGGCCUGUUGUGUUCGUUCCGGCAGUGUAUGAGGGUUCGAUUCCGCACUCUCGUGCGGAGGAUCUGGAUGAAGAGAGACGCCUGCUUUAUGUUGCUAUGACUCGAGCACAAGCCCUUUUAUACCUGAGUUGUCCACUCCGGCAGGCCCGGAAUAAUGAAGAAACUACCGUCACGCCGUUUCUGCCGCAUGAGUUGAUCAACAAGCGUCUCCGUACGGUUGGGCCAAAAUUGUUUGAGAAGAUUAUUUAUGGAAUUGCAGACAUAUUGCGGCGAGAACGCCCGUCAGCCGAAGCGAUGUUCGAGGGACAGCUCUCACUCGUUUCCCAGUUCGAUGAUCAGUGGACUGAAGAUGGACAGGAGUUGCCUGAUGCGGUUACCCGAUGGGAUGGCUCUCGAGCAAUGGAUGAUGAGCCUUUUGCCAAGCGGCGACGAUAUGAUCAAGAGCAUUUUUCGACAGCCACGACUGUCACGAGUAUGUCCUCAGCAUAUACCUUGAACGGUACCAGUUUCAUGACGCCAACUACUAUGUCCCUUGGGUUCUCAACAGCCCGCGAGUACAUAGCAACUGCGCCUGCGAAACAGGAGCCGUCCAUGGAAUCAGACCGUGGAGCGAAACGAAAACCAUCAGUCGGAAUUUCCAGCGGUUGUCAGCCCAGUGCUGCCCAGAAGAGCAUCUCGUCCUUUUUCGGCCAGCCCGCACCUCAGACGUCUCGCCAAGACACCCAAUCACGACAUAGGAGUGCCCUUCCACAAAGCCGAUCGCCUGCCACAGGUUUCCCUGCUCCGAGCAUAUCAUUGUCAAAUGUACGGUCCAAAGAAGAAAUUCCAGCAGAGUAUAUCAGACACCGAGCCCCGACUCAACAUUUCCAUCCUCCUCGGCCAAUUCUUGAACCGUCUGACCCGAACCGCUACACCUGGUUGACUGCCUCGAAGCCAGCAGAAAAGCCAGCCUUGCACAGUGCCCAGCUGAACAGAGGGACGAAUGCAGACGAGAGUCAUAGAGGGGUAGUGACAAGUAACGAUUUAGGCUGCGCAGGCACAGCUGAAGGAAUGAGGCCAGCAACAACGUUUCAUAUGACCACGAUGUCCAUGGUACAGUCCGGAGAAACGACGGUGAGACGGACUUUGGGAAUUCGACGCAGUAUGAACGGUUGGGAAGAACGGAUGAAGAGAGCAAAGUGA